AUGUCGCAGCCUCCUUCCGGACCUCAGGACAUGACCAACAUCGCGCAGCAGGUGGCCAACGACUUCGUGUCGGAGGGCAUGCGGUCGAUGUUCACCGGCUUCCUCAAGGGCAACACACACGACAACGACUACGACGGCAACUGGUUCUCCGGCGGCAAGGGCGGCGGCAAGGGCGGCGGCAAGGGCGGCGGCAAGGGCGGCGGCAAGGGCCGCGGUUUCUCGUAUGUAGUCUGCUACCGCUGCGGCGGGCCGGGACACAUUGCUCCCUAUUGCCCGAACCUCCCGCCCGUCCCCUCGAGCGCUGCCAACCCCAACGCGCCGACCAACAGCGCGGCCAGCGACACCACCAAGGACGACAAGAUCCUCGCCGCGAUCAACAACCUCGCCGAGUCGCUCAAGGAGAAGACGAGCGCGCCACCCGGGCCCAACACGGAGUCCAUUUCUACUGCGCCGCUCCUCGUCAACGAGGACGCCAUCGCCAAGAAGAUCGCCGCGGAGGUCGCAGACGGCCUCAAGGAGGCGGUUGGGCCUUUCUUCAAGGCGCAGGUCGGCAUGAUGCAGACCAUGAUGGCCAAGGCGACGUCGCUCCCGCGGCAGCGGCUCUCAUUCGGGUCGCCGGAGGUGACCGAGCUGGACGACUCGCCAAAGGCGGCGGAUGAGACUGGGCUCGAGGAGGCCGAGGAGGCGCCGCCGGCGACGCCGCCGCGCGUCCAGCGCAAGCGAGGCCGCGCACCUGCCGCCGACCAAGAUGAGGCGGUGGCGGCGGCGGCGGCCGCCGCCGCCGCAGCGGAUGCGGCCUACCACCGGGCCAAGGCGAUGGCGAAGGCCGCAGGCGGCUCAUACAAGGUGCCGCGCGGCCAGCCGCCGCAGGAUGCGGCGGCGUAG